AUGGCCAACACAAACAACUUCUUUCAGCCCUACUUUCCAAAACUCAACAAGGAGAACUAUGAAAAUUGGAGUAUUCAAAUGCAAGUCCUACUAGCCUCACAAGAUUUGUGGGAGUUAGUGGAUCGAGGAUAUGACGAGCCAGCUACUCUCGAAGAUGAAGGAAAUUUAAAUGACACUCAGAAGACGGCGUUAGAAGAUUCAAAGAAAAGAGAUAAAAAGGCCUUGUAUCUACUCUAUCAAGGCAUUGAUGAGUCAAGUUUUGAGAAGAUUUCAGCAGCAGCAACCUCUAAAGAGGCAUUGAGUAUUCUUCACAAUUCACACCAUGGAAUUGAGAAGACGAUUAGAGUUCGACUCCAAGUGUUACGUGGCGAAUUUGAGAUGUUGCACAUGAAUGAGAAUGAGUCAAUUUAUGAGUACUUCAACAGAACAUUGACCAUUGUUAAUCAGAUGAGAAGAUAUGGAGAAAAGAUGGAAUCUCUUCAAGUGAUAGAAAAUAUUCUCCGAUCACUCAGUCCCAAGUUCAAGCGCAUGGUUGUAGCAAUAGAAGAGUCCAAGGAUCUCAGUGCUAUGACCACCGAUGAGCUGAUGGGCACACUUGAGAUUCAUGAACAAAGGAUCAACAAGAAGACUCCUUUAAGUUCUCUAGAGCAAGCUCUUCAAUCAAAGCUAUCUUUCAGAGAUGACAGAAACGAGCAAGUGGGGACAUCACAAAGAAGCCGAGAAAGAGGUCGUGGUUACAACAACCGAAGUUCUGUUUUUCGAAGAAGAUGUGGAAGAGGUCCAGCUAGAGGAGAAAGAAAUCAACCACACUUUGCUCCAAGAGGAAGAGCAAGAGGUAGAGAAGGUGGUUACAAUAACCGACCAGGAUUUGACAAAAGCAAUGUUCAGUGCUACCAGUGCCACAAGUUCGGGCAUUACAGCAAUGAAUGCCGAAAUAGAGCAAUAACGCCGGAGAGCAAGCAAAUUUUACCGAGGAGGAAACAAACAAAGUUGGACCUACAGUCUUGUUUGUCCACCAUGGAGAUACUGAAAACCAAAACAAUGUUUGGUAUCUAG